GACUGGAGCCGGAGCGCUUCACACAAACUGCCCAGUGAGUUGGACUCUGCGGCACUGCUGCACGUCUUCGGCCGCUGCGCUCUCACUGUCGUCUGGGAAAGUAGUGGAAGUCGUUGGGUUUUAUUUGCGUACGUUACAGGUUGAGUUCAUAUAGAAAGCUGCGCUCUUACGGACUAUUCCCCCGUUGCGGACUGUAGAGAUAUUUGGAUUACUACACGUCAUAUAUUUCACAGAACUCACUGACUCUUUGCUUCUUCUCACCUACAUGAUCAGGAGGAAUAUUGUGGCACUUUAUUUGAUUUCCGAGGCAGAUGCCCAGCGCUCUAUGCUCCUGCCCCAGCAGUACUGAGCAGAGUCCCGUGGACCCCCAUGGCUCCCCCCGUGGAGGGAACGCCCCUGGCCCGCUGCCUCGUCCUGCUGCACAGCCUGCUGCUGCUGUUGCCCAGAGGAGUGCCCUGCCGGGGGGCCACACGGGCCCCGGAGUCCCCCUGCCAUAGAGCUGAACACCCACUCAUCUCUCACACAGAAAUCGAGCCUUGGAUCCACCGAUUCAGAGCUGAGGGCACCGUCGAUUAUUCACAGCUGACCUUUGACCCCGGCCAGAACGAACUAAUCGUGGGUGCAAGAAAUCAUCUCUUCAGGUUACAUUUGGAGGAUCUUUCAUUGAUCCAGGUGGGUGAAAAAAGUCUAUGCCGGAACAUCCAAGUUAUAGAACCUGGCAAAGGUGGACGGCGAGGCCCAGCCAGCCGCCGCACAGAUGUCUGCUAUGGACACACCACUAAACCACGCCCAGGAAGAGGCCACGCCUCGAGUGGAAUAGGCUCUCACUCUUAUGGGACUGGUGGCCGUUGCAGAGCUGGAGUGUUUCGGCAAGAAGUGUCGCAUGGCCUGGGACGUCUUCUGAGCCGCGGUGAAUCGCUCUGCAAAUCCCUCGACGGCAGGUCCAAACAGCCCCGUAGGGGAGACCGGGGAGUCGAGGAAGGGAACCUUGUCAGCCUCCUUAAUCUCAGUGAGGCUUGCUGGAUGGCAGCAGGGGACGAGCUGGCGUCUGCGCUGGUCGCUGAGCAGCUCGAAGAGCAGGCGGAGUGGCGAGAGGGCGCAGAAGAGAUGGCAGCUUCUAUCUGCAGUGAGGCGUUUCUAUGGCGAGCGUCUUCAAGUCCUGAAGGGAACCGGCAUCACAAAGAUGAGCCCUACCAUUGCUCUCCAGCCAAUCCUUUCCUCCGUAAUAGAAUUCCUUCACUUGCCUCACAGCACGGAGUCUUGUGUGAGGAGUGCCAGAAUUACAUCCGUGUUCUACUCGUCAACGGCGACAGGCUGUUUACAUGCGGGACAAAUGCAUUCACUCCAAUUUGCACCAACCGCACGCUGACUAACCUGACCGAGGUCCAUGAUCAAAUCAGUGGGAUGGCACGGUGCCCCUAUAACCCUCUGCAUAAUUCCACUGCCCUCAUCACUUCCAGCGGGGAGCUGUAUGCCGCCACAGCCAUGGACUUUUCCGGCAGGGACCCGGCAAUCUACCGAAGCCUGGGAGGACUUCCACCUCUGCGUACUGCUCAAUACAACUCCAAAUGGCUCAAUGAGCCCAACUUCGUUUCCUCCUACGACAUCGGCAACUUCACCUACUUCUUCUUCCGUGAGAACGCCGUGGAGCAUGACUGCGGCCGGACGGUGUUCUCUCGCGCCGCCCGCGUCUGCAAGAACGACAUCGGGGGCCGUUUUCUGCUGGAGGACACCUGGACCACCUUUAUGAAGGCCAGGCUUAAUUGCUCACGGCCGGGCGAGAUUCCAUUCAACUACAACGAGCUGCAGGGAACCUUUUUCCUGCCUGAGCUUGAGCUUCUCUAUGGGAUUUUCACUACUAAUGUCAACAGCAUUGCCGCAUCAGCAGUGUGCGCCUUCAAUCUGAGUGCUAUUACCCAAGUGUUCAGUGGGCCUUUCAAGUACCAGGAGAACUCACGCUCCGCUUGGCUGCCCUACCCCAAUCCCAACCCUGACUUUCAGUGUGGCACUAUAGAUUACGGCUCCUAUGUGAACUUAACGGAGAGGAAUUUGCAGGACGCCCAGAAGUUCAUUCUGAUGCACGAGGUGGUGCAGCCCGUCGUUCCUGUGCCAUACUUCAUGGAGGACAAUGUGCGCUUCUCCCAUGUGGCCGUGGAUGUAGUGCAGGGCAAAGACAUGCUCUAUCACAUCAUUUAUCUAGCAACAGGUAUAGUACCACAUCACCUUUACAUAGAAAAAAGAGGAGGUCUGUCAUCAGUGCUCUCUCCGCUGAACCAGACCACAGGCAGCUGUUUGCUGGAUGAGAUUGAGCUUUUCCCCCCAAAGAAGAGGCAGCCAAUCCGCAGCAUGCUCAUACUUCACAGCCGUAGUGAGCUAUUUGUGGGAGUCAGAGACCAGGUCAUCAAAAUCCCCCUGAUGCGCUGCAACUUCCACAAGUCUAGAGAUGCCUGUGUGGGGGCCAGGGAUCCGUACUGUGGCUGGGAUCUGGUGCUCAAGAAAUGCACCACCCUAGAAGAAAGCGUCAGCAUGAGCCAAUGGGAGCAGAGCAUCACACGGUGUCCUGUGAGGAAUGUGACUGUGGAUGGUAUUUUUGGAGCCUGGUCAGGAUGGAAAGCUUGCAGUCAUAGUGAUGGCGGCAGUGUUGGUUCAUGCCAGUGUCGUACUCGAGCGUGUGACAGCCCGAGCCCUCAGUGUGGAGGGCAGCCGUGCCAAGGAAUCAGUGUUGAGGUGGCUAACUGCUCCAGAAACGGGGCAUGGACGCCAUGGACGGCAUGGGCUCCUUGCAGCACCAGCUGCGGGAUCGGUUUCCAGGUCCGACAGCGUUCCUGCAGCAACCCCUCUCCCCGCCAUGGAGGACGCGUUUGUGUUGGCCAGAAUCGUGAAGAGAGAUACUGCAAUGAGCACCUGCCCUGCCCCCCACAUGUCUAUUGGUCAGCAUGGUCUCCAUGGGAGCGCUGCACAGUUCCAUGCGGCGGUGGGAUCCAGUCGCGACGACGAACGUGCGAGAAUGGAAACGACUGCCCUGGAUGCAGCAUUGAAUUCCAGUCCUGCAAUACCCUCCCUUGCCCGGAUCUAAAGAAGACCACUCAAUGGACCCCAUGGACGCCGGUGAAUAUCUCAGACAAUGGAGGCCACUACGAGCAGCGGUUCAGGUACACCUGUAAGGCGAGGGUCCCGGAGCCCAGCCUGCUGGAAGUAGGGAGACAGCGGAUUGAGAUGAGGUACUGCUCCAGCGACGGAUCCACGGGAUGCUCCACAGAUGGAGAUUUGCUGCGUUCUGGACGUAUCUCUGGAUUGACCGUAAAUGGAGGCUGGUCCGUCUGGGGGUCUUGGAGCCAGUGUAGUCGGGACUGCAGCUCGGGGGUCCGAAACCGCAAACGCACCUGCUCCAACCCCAAACCCAAAUAUGGAGGAGUCACCUGCCUGGGGCCUGCCCAGGAAUUUCAGGAGUGCAAUACUACACCAUGUCCAGUGGAUGGGAGCUGGUCGUGCUGGUCACCUUGGUCUAAAUGCUCAGUGACAUGCGGAGGAGGCCACUACAUGCGCACACGCACCUGUAACAACCCUCCACCUGCCUACGGAGGUGACAUCUGCCUGGGUUUGCAUACUGAAGAGGCCCUCUGCAACAUCCAACCCUGCCCCGAGAGCUGGUCUGAUUGGUCCGAAUGGUCCCCCUGUGACUCAUCAGGGUCUCAGGUUCGCCUGCGGCACUGUGACGUCCUGUUUCCCACCGGCAACCAGUGCUCAGGCAACAGCAGUGAAACUCGUGCCUGUCUACCCAUCUCCAACUUCAUCCCAGAAACGUCUGUUGCACGUUCAAGUCGGGAGGAACAAUGGUGUGGAGACUUCAAUGUGUUCCACAUGAUCGCCGUGGGUCUGAGCAGCUCCAUACUCGGCUGUCUGGUGACCCUACUGGUGUACACUUACUGUCAGAGAUACCAGCAGCAGUCCCAUGAUGCCACAGUCAUCCACCCCAUCUCUGCCGCCCCACUCAACACCAGCAUCACCAACCACAUCAACAAACUGGACAAGUACGACUCAGUUGAAGCCAUUAAGGCUUUCAAUAAGAAUAACUUGAUCCUGGAGGAAAGAAAUAAGUAUUUCAACCCUCAGCUAGCAGGAAAAACAUAUACCAACGCAUACUUCACUGACGUCAACACUUAUGACGACUUUUAAAAAUGGAUCUGUGAUUCCAAUCAUCUUCACCACAUUAACUUCAGCACCUAGUGAUUUUAUUUUUUUGCCUCUUUUUCUCCGUGGGUUACCCGGAUAAAUAAAAAGACAUUUUACGUGGGACCAUUUUACCAUCAAAUGCCAAUAAAGCUGUACAGAACCAUUCUCACAGUUAACAAGGACAUCAUGCUCUCCAGUUGUGCGGACAUCGUUAAAUGAAAUUGAACUAUGGUGGACAAAUAAAGCAGGCGAUUUGAUUCAACCGAGACGCUGAUAAACUCUCCCCGCAGAGAUGGCACAUGGAUGCUUUGCAUGAUCUCAUCUGAUGUGUUUUGCUUUCAUUUAUUUGCAUGGUUGGUCGCAUUCCAGUGUUAGUGGGCGGGGCCUGUGUCCUAAAUGGGUGGAGCCUUCUUGGACUGCUUUGUUUCCUGUGCCGAAUCAGAAGCCCCUGUGCCUCACUGAGGACCUACGGUGGUCUCCAGUUCAUCUGCCUGCCCUAUCACUGGGUUUUGCCGCAACAGACAAACACAAUCCAUAUGUAGAUACCGCAGUCUCUGAAAACUUUGUUAAUGUAUCUCUCAAUAUGGGGCACUUGUUAGUCGAGCUCUUAGUGGUGGGAAUCUCUGUGUUUUUGUUGUAAAAUACACUUUUCAUGACGCAUAUGUCAGUGUAGCAUUUAUAGAUGAGUCUAUUCUGAAAAAAGAAGUGUUAGUUUGUUUCAAAGUAACCCUGUUCAGUCAUCAAAACAUGACUUGUCAUAUUAACAUUAGUCUUUAUGUGGUGUAAGGUCUGCAAAAAAGAGAGAAUGUGAAACGCUACAGGACCUUUUUAUGUAAAACAUUGAUCAUUUGAAUAUUAUCGACAUGUUUCUAUUUGUUUAGUUGUUUAAUAGUUCAAAAUUUCAUGAGAAAACAAGUAUUAUCUGUAAAAACAAACUGCUUUCUAGCACAAAGAACUGCUUUUUCAGCUUUUAUUUUCUUUCAUUUUCAAAUAUUUGAAUGAAUUUACUUAACCAUAAACUUAACCAUCCAUCCAUUAUGGAGAGGUGCUUGGGAAUCCACUUUUUCAAUUUCUACUAAUUCUUUUCUACUUGUAAAACUUUGUUUGCUUGUUUUAUGUGCAUAAAUUAAAAUUGCUU